AUGAUUGACAUCAACCUACCUGUCAACCGAGGCAUCAGCUGUCAAGUAUUCCAGACCCUCGCAGACCCUUCCCUGCCCUCGCAAACCCUUCCAGAACCUUCCAGAACCUUCUCAGACCCUUCCCUGCCCUCUCAAACCCUUCCAGAACCUUCCAGACCCUCGCAGACCCUUCCCUGCCCUCUCAAACCCUUCCAGAACCUUCCAGAACCUUCCAGACCCUCGCAGACCCUUCCCUGCCCUCUCAAACCCUUCCAGAACCUUCCAGAACCUCGCAGACCCUUCCCUGCCCUCUCAAACCCUUCCAGACCUUCCUUGACCCUUCCCAGACCCUCGCAGACCCUUCCCAGCCCACUCAAACCCUUCCAGAACCUUCUCAGACCCUUCCCUGCCCUCUCAAACCCUUUCAGAACCUUCCAGAACCUUCAAUGUGGUUCUAAACCCUUUCAGACCCUCCUAUAUCAUCUAGUAUCCUCCCAGACUCUCUCAGUCCCUUUCAAAACCGUCUCUCAGACCAUUCCAGACAUUUCCAGACCAUUCCAGACCAUUCCAGAGCCUCCUAGGAGCAUCGUCCAUUUAAAUUCUGGGAAUUAG